UCCACACAAAUCAUACUACUACUUCUCUUGUGACAGAAAACAUGAAAUGUUUCUUUGCUUUGGUAGUCCCUCUUGUCUUACUUCUCUCGAUUUUGAGCAGCAGCAAUGCAAGAAAAGAUGUGGGUGAGUAUUGGAGAGGAGUCAUGGAAGAUAAACCCAUGCCAGAAGCAAUACAAAAGAUUCUUCAAGCUGCUGAUGAGAAAGCCAAUUGUCACACAACUAAAAAUUUUGAGCCAAAUCGUCCCGACGUUUCAAUCUACCACAAUGAUCAAUAUCUUAAAGAAGGUAAGCCAUUCGAUAAGAAAUUCACCCUAAAUGACUUUGAACCAAGACCUGACGUUUCAAUAUAUCACGAUGAUGUUGGUCUCAAAGGUGAGAUUGAGAUGCCAUUAAAAGAGAAAUCCUUCUUUAAGGACUUGGAGUUGAUACCUGAUGUCUCAAUUUAUCACAAUGACAUUAGCCUCAAAGCAAAAAAGCCUUUGGAUGAGACAUCAUUUGUUAAAGAGUUUGAGCCGAGGCCUGAUGUCUCGAUUUACCAUAACGAUAUUCAUGCAUGAUUAUAAAAUUACUACAUUCAUGCUCGUAGCGUAAGACAUCUGCGUCUUAUGCAUUGAAAAAAUAAGAACCUUGAAGUUGUUGUUAUGUGAUAUAUGCUGUGCUUUUCGUUUGCUACUAUGGAGGCCUAAUGUGCUUGAUGAUCUAUGUGACAGUGCAGUUAAUUUUCUUUAUGUAAUCCCAUCCAUCCUACAUAUAAUAAAAUUCAUUGAUGGAUUGUUGUGAGCA